AAUCGGUUGCUGCUGUCGUCCCUGUGCUGUCAGCUCCGGUUCCUCCGCCCACUUUCCAGAAGCGGAUCCCAGGCUGUACCCCCCUGUGCUGCCCUCGGGUGCUGGGAUGGUACCUAACCCAUCGCUGCCUGGGGAGAUCCUGUCGCUCAACACGUCGUCGCCGUCGUCAUCCUCCAUGCUCCCAUCGCGAGUGGAGGAGGAAACAAAGGAGGGAGACGAUAAGGAGGAAGAGGAGGAAGAGGAGACACAGGAGGAUGGCGAAGAGGAGGAAGGGGAGACACAGGAGGACGAUGAAGAGGAGGAAGAAGGGGAGACGGAAGGAGAAGAGGAGAAAGAGGAGGAGGAAGAAUGCGAUAUGGAGGAGGAUGAAGAGGGAGGAGGCAGGGUAGCCAAGAACAGCAACCAGUUCACCGACAUAUGCAUUCAUGCGUUAUGUAUCUUAUAUGAACCCCUUAGAAAAUGACCUCGUAAUUAAUGAUGGACUUGGAGAGACUGCACUACUCUUUCCAUAAUCUUCUGAUCACCACAGGCUGCAGCAACUUCUGUCGUUGAGAUUCACUCACCAAUGGAGCCUGAUGGCCUUGUAGACUUCAGAAGCGUUACAGAGGAGGCUCCACAGACUACUCUAGUGACAUUUGACCACAGAAAAAAAAAUCACCCAUCACAGCAACGGUAGACUGAAUGUCCUGACAACAAAUAUAUCACUAGAAAAAAGAACUUGGCAUUAAAGAUGGGCUUGCAGAGACUGCACUACUCCUUACAGAAUCUUCUGAUCGCCAUGAGCUGCAGCAACUCUUGUCAUUGAUUCUCCAAUGGACCUGAUGGCCUCAUACAUCCUUCAUAAGCAGUUCACGAGGCUCCAUUGGCCACAGAAGAAGAUCACCCAUCGCAGCAAACGUAGACUGAAUGUCCUGACAAAUAUAUAUAUAUAUCGUCACAAACAGAACUGCCCGGUAAACCGUGGGCAGAGAGAGAGAAGAGGACAACAAACGAGGGGCUGUGACAAACUGUUUCGUCGGAGUUUCACAUAUCACUUAAAAAAAAGAACAAGCACCCUCCAAAUUAAUGACGGGCUUGCAGAGACUGCACUACUCUUUACAUAGUCUUCUGAUCGCCACGGGCUGCAGCAACUCCUGUCGUUGAGAUUCACUCUGAUGGAUCCUUCACAAGCAUUCCACUGGGCAAAUUCUCUUUCCUGAACUAAAUCUGUCUUUUGUCUCCGUUUGCUGUGCCCAUCUCUCUACAAGCCUGCCCCCCUUGCUAUCAUGUCGUAUCAGAUAAACCAUCACCCACCCUCCGCAAAUGAACCUGUACAUAUCCCCUCUCCCCCAACGUGGGACACACACACACACACACACACACACACACACACACACACACACACACACACACACACUCAGAGGCCAGACAUCCACGUCUGUGCAGACGCACACACACACUCCGAGGCCACACAUGAAUUUUUGUGCAGACACACACGCACCAUCUCUCUCUCUCUCUCUCUCUCUCUCUCUCUCUCUCUCUCUCUCUCUCUCUCUCUCUCUNUGACACACACAUCUCUCUCUCUCUCUCUCUCUCUCUCUCUCUCUCUCUCUCUCUCUCUCUCUCUCUCUCACUCACACACACACACACACACAACACACACACACACACACACACACACACACACACACACACACACUCACACACACACACACAGUGUCCAACCUUUUACCAGAUAUCAGUUGCGCAGCCCUGGCCUAAGGAAGGAUGUCCUAGUAUGUUCUUGAUGUUACUCUCCUCGCUUCCCUCCUAAGUGGAGACCGUUUCUUUCGAUGUAUUGUUGUUCACCUUGAAAUCACCCAACUGCCUUCUCGGCCACACACUGCGGAACCAUGAGCGCCGAAGACUGCAUUAGGACCUGGCAAAGACCCUGUCCCAGAUCCGCAAGAAAUGGUCGAGGCUGACUGUGCUAAAGAUUCUCCAGACAGCUGAACGCUUUGCCACAAUGCCACCCCCAUACUAAGCCGGGAAGCCAUGAAUAUUGCUCUCCUCCUACCUGCAACUGACUGACGCUCCCGCGAGAGCUGCCAGCUUCUCUUGUACAUUCCAUCAACGAGCAACACUCGUCUAAGGGACACUCCUUGGGGGGAACGCCACAACAGCAACCGUUCCCCAAAGUGUGCUUGUAAAGCAACACCUUAAACAUCAUGAUUUGCAGAAAUAAUUCAAAUAAACCAAGUUUGAAUGA